CCCAAACUGUGUCGCGGCGUACAACUUACUUCGAUUCGAUCGGAUUCAAGUCGGAAACCCUGACGAUGUCGGAUCAAUCCGAGUGCAGAGAGCUGCCCCGAGAGUGCUGGGAGACCGUCUUCGGCUCCUUGGACUCCGAGGCAGACCUCGAGUACCUCUCCGCCGUCUGCAAGCAAUUCCUCUCCAUCUCCGACGGCCUCCGCACCUCCCUUUCCAUCCCAAACCAAUUGACGCCCUACCUUCCCUCCCUCCUCUCCCGCUUCAAAUCCCUGAAGUCCAUCGACCUUAGCCCGUUCCGGGGCGACCCCUACUACGUCCUCCUCCAGAUCGCGCGGUUCCGGUUCCCCCUCGAGCGCCUCGACCUCUCGAACCAGCAGUACCUCCGCCUCGACGGGUUGCGAGAGAUGGGGUCCAAGUUCGGGGCUUUGAGGGUCUUGGUGCUGUCCAAGAUUAUGUUUUUGCAGGAUAACGACUUGGUUUCGGUGGCGGGGUACUUUCCGAUGCUCGAAGAGCUCGACAUUAGCUAUCCGGAGCUGAGUCCUUCGGUUCGGGUCACGGAUCGCGGUGUCUCCGUCCUGUCGCAAAAGCUGAAGAGGCUGUCGCGAAUCGAUGUUUCCGGUAAUCAGUUUCUCUCUGAUCAGUCUCUUAUCGCACUGUCGACUAAUUGCCCGUCUCUCAGGGAAAUUGGUUUUAGGGAUUGUAGUUUUAUUACUCAGAGUGGCAUUGCUUCGUUGAUAAAGAACAGACCUGAAUUGGUCUCCCUGGCCGUAAAUGACAUCGGAUUGUCGAUCAUGUACAAGGCGUUGGUCCAUUCGUUCGGUUUCGCAAGGGGAUUAAGUAGUCUGGAUUUCUCGCGCUCAUUUAUCUCGGAUGGGUUGCUGAUGUCCGUCGCAGAGGCAAAUAUUCCAUUAAAACGCCUCGUUCUUUCCCGUGCUUCGGGGUUUACAUUCGAUGGGAUUUCGGAGAUCGUGUUGAAGCACAGGGGCAUUGAGGUCUUAGAUUUGGAGGCAGUAAGUUUCCUCACGGAUCACUACAUCGGCGCGAUAUGCAAGGUUCUUCUUAGCCUGACCUCAGUUAAUGUCAGUCUCUGCUCAAAGCUCACGAACACAACGUUGUAUAACCUCACGAGACAAUGCCCCUUGCUGAAGGAAAUCAAGAUGGAGAAGACGAACCUAAAGAAGGAUGGUGCUGAUGAAACUGAUAUCGUGGUGAAUUCUCGAGUGAGGUCUCUUAACAUAUCUCGUAAUGUGGAUUUGACCGACGAAGGCCUCAAGAAGAUCGUGCGUGCGUGCCCCAACUUGCAGCAUCUCAAUGUGGGCUAUUGUGCGGAGAUAACUGGGGGCGGCAUUAUGGGCGUGCUGAAGAGCUGCCGUGAAAUCAAGCAUUUGGAGAUCAGUCAUUGUAAAAACACCGAUAAUCUAUGCAUCGACUUUGAACUCCCGCAUUUGGAGGUCUUACAUGCAGAAGGGUCCGGACUGAACGACCAGCAGCUAGCGGCAAUCGGAAGGAGAUGUUGUCGUCUCAAGCGCCUCGACUUACCGAACUGUUUGAACCUGUCAACAGCAGGGGUGGCCGAGGCAGUGAGCCAUUGCAGGACAUUGAGGGAGCUAAAUCUCAGGUGGUGCUAUAAUCUAAAUGUGGAUCUCACAUUUCUAGCUUGGAUGGUGUUUGCAAGGCCAUCGUUGAGGAGAAUAGUCCCACCUUGCCCGUCCAUGUUGUCCGAAAGCCAGAGGGACUUCCUCGUGCAGCAUGGUUGUCUUCUUUGUGAUUAGCCACUUCAAAGAGACGACCGGGGAGGUAAUUUGUCUGAGAAAAAGGAUAAUGCCUGUGCUGUUUCUGUGGCAGAAUCGUGCUGUUGUAGCUUCUUUCAAUGAAUUUGUCUGUUGUAGCCUCAAUUGUUAUAGGACAUGAAUUUAUCUGUAGAUCGUUGUGUUUACUUGAUAAUUUGUCAAUGUCAAUUGUACAACGUCAAUAAUCUGUUAUUGAAUCUUUGAUUUCUCCAGCUGAGUUCGAGUUAAUGU